GCUCUGCAACACGUUCACAAUGCAACGUCAUGCACGAUAAACAAGCAGAGCGUCGGGGACUAUACGAGACAGCCACGUUAGUGAAAACUGUGGACACAAAUAUUAUUUGAACAAAUAAAGCUUUUACUUGGAAAAGUAAACUCCCCUCGCCCACCACACGCACGCACGCACGCACGCGCACACGCACGCACACACACGCCCCACGGUAAGGAGCAGCAGGAGAAGAGACACGUAGCACGUCGUCUGGUUGAAACAUUUUACUCUUCGCUGAUUUAUCUUCUAAAAACAUGGACAUGUCAAACAGCAGGAGGAUUGCCAUCCUGGGAAAAACUGGAGUUGGGAAGAGCAGCCUGGCUAACACCAUACUGGGAGAGCAACUGUUCCGGAUCGGACACAGUGUGAACUCUGAAACAAUUAAAUGUCAAGCAGAAACUAAACCGGUCAAUGGAGGAAACAUCACUUUGAUUGACACUCCUGGUUUCUUCGACACAGAUCGAUCUGAGGAGGAGCUGAAGUCUGAAAUAUUGAGAUGCAUCACAGAGUUCGCUCUUGGGCCUCAUGCCUUUCUCAUUGUACUCAAAGUGGAGAGAUUCACAGAGCACGAGCAGGCUAUCAUCGAUAAAAUACACCAAUACUUUUCUGAAGAAGUCUUACAGUAUGCGUCAGUUCUCUUUACUCAUGGUGACCAGCUCCCUGAAGGACAGACCAUUGAGGACUUUGUCCACGAUAAUAGGCGUGUGAAGGAUCUGGUGGAGAAGUGUGGAGGCCGCUGCCACGUCGUUGAUAAUAAAUAUUGGAAGAACAACCAGGAAGAAUACAGGAACAACCAGGUCCAGGUGAAGGAGCUCCUCAAGACAAUAGAUAAGAUGGUUGAGGCAAACGAAGGAAGAUGCUACACCAAUGAGAUGCUACAAGCAGUGGAGGAAAGAAUAAUACAGGAGGUGGAACUCAUUCGACAGACAGCAGGAAACAAGUCAGAGGGAGAGAUCAGAGAGGAGGCGAAAGAGAACGUAUUUAAGUUGCUUUGGACCAAACUGGCAGGUAUCGCAUCAGGUGCAUUGUGGGGAGCUCUUUUAGGUCUAAUGGAGAUGGCGAGUGACAUUAUCACAGCUUUAACACAGCCAGGAGGAGCUGGAAUGAGAGGAGCCACAGUGCAAAGGGCAGUUGGUGUUGCUCUAAGAGGAGCGAUGCAAGGAGCUAUUACAGGACACAAUGCAUCUGAGGGAGCAGACUCACCAGGCGAAGCAGCAAAGAAGGCAGGAGACGCUGUCAUGAAAUAAUCAAUCAGGAUCAAAAGCACAUGAUAAUACAGCCAGAGAUGAAACAGAAUCAAAACCAAUAAUCAAGACGUUACUCUUAAAGACGGGAGAGAGAAUGUAUCAUUAGAAAGUCACACCUCCCUUUAAAUAACAUGAAAUAUGUGACCAUUGAGAUGAUCACGUUUAAUCAUAUGUAAUAUGUCAUUCAAACUUUAGUCGCUUAUUCCUCUUUCACAAGCAGUUUAUUUUAUUCACCGUACAUAUCUACUUGCCUGUACUUCAGAUGUCAUAUUGUACACACAUGUCUCAUAUAGUUUAUAAACAGAGUGACCCUGUGGUACGGCUUUGUCCUGCAGGUGAACUUUGAUGCUAUCUAACACCUCUACUUCCUCAAGGAGUGAGAAGCCAGACCAUAAAGUGUAACAGCACUGAUUUGAUUUGCUAAUAUGAAAACAUGGCUUUUGAAACCUGAAGGAAGUGUGAUCUUAAACUAUAAUUUACUUUUAUUCAUAUGAUAUAUCCUCAUUCAAGUUUAAUUCUCUUUGAUGAGUUAGGAUUUCUUUCUUUUUAUUGCGCUAAAAGUGUUUUGGUCUCAUAUAUCACUUUAUUCUUCACAUACAUUCUCAUAUUAUUUAGUGUCAGUGUAAUGAUGACUGCCUCAAUGUGUUUUUCUGUCAUGUAUCAAUAUGUAAUCACAUGUUCUUCUUCGUUGACUGAAUGGUGAGGAGAAGUAAAUAAGUCAACUCUUGGGUCACCUGA